AUGUCCAAGUUUAAAGUAAAGCUUCAGGUUCUAGUUCUAGUAGCAAUUGUAACUUUUAUCUUUAUCGAAGAGGUUGCAUUCUCCUUAAAUGAUUCCUAUGAUACCAGAAUGGAUGUAAUACGUCUGCAUGCGGCCCAUUUCACACACACAGACAAGGACUCAGGAUACCAAGAAUUUUGGCAAUCCGUUUUCGAUUUAUAUAAUGAGAAUAGGAUCUCAGAAGAUGAACGGUCAUGGAUUCAAUUGAAACCAGGAUUGACUCGAAAUUUUGGAAAAAACAGGGAGUCCUUAUUGAAAAGAUGUACAAUCAAAAAUGAACAUCUUAAAGUAAUCCAACAGAAGCAUAGCAACAUAGUGGAAAACCUUCCUAAUGAACUUGCACCGUCUACCUACAAGAAGGGUUCCAGAGGCAUAGUUAUGAUUGGAGGAGGAUUCUUCUCUUGGUUGUCAAUGUUAACUAUUGUCCAACUUCGAGAACUUGGUUCCGAAUUGCCAAUUGAACUUGUCCUCCCCAACCAAUCGGACUGUAAUGAAAAUCUUUGCGAAGUUGAACUUCCGAAAUAUAAUGCCAAAUGUAUGAUUAUUUCAGAUGUAUUAGGAUUGAAUGAAACUGCACUCAACCUUCAAAAAUAUCAAUACAAAGGUAUUGCACUCUUGGCCAAUUCCUUCCAACAUGUUUUCUUGUUAGAUUCUGAUAAUUUCCCCGUAACAAAUAUUGACAAAUAUUUUGAUUCACCAGUCUACAAAGACCAUAAUAUGGUUUUGUGGCCAGAUUAUUGGAACCGGUCAAUCUUUCCAUUAUAUUACGAUAUAGCCAAGAUCCCUAUUAAUGUUAAUAAACAAGCCAGGGUGGGUACAUUGCCACUUAUAGAUCCUAUAGAUCUCACGGAAGGAGAAGCGAAGGCUGCCACAUUCCAUGAUUUAGAGGGAGCAAUACCCGACCUUUCAACCGAAUCAGGUCA